AUGGCAGAUAAAGAUGAGACGCCCAUGCCUUCUGCAGGAAAAGAGGAAGAAGUCAUCAAAAAGAAGUAUGGAGGUCUCGUGCCAAAAAAGCCCCCACUCAUUUCCAAGGAUCAUGAACGGGCUUAUUUUGAUUCAGCUGAUUGGGCUCUAGGCAAGCAAGGUGCAGAUAAGCCGAAAGGACCACUAGAGGCUCUCCGACCUAAAUUACAGCCUACUCAUCAGCAAACACGAUAUCGGAAAUCUCCUUGUGCCCCGACUGAUGGAGAAGAUGCAAGUAACUCGCCUCCUGGAGAUGCAGCUGCACACGAAUGUAAAAGCGGCAAUGUUUGA